CUACUGUGUUCCGCUUCCUGAUCUUACACACACAUGCUCGCACACACACACUCAUAUGCGCACACGCACUUACAAAGUCACUAAACGAUGUACACACAUUCACUCAGAGCUCCCUUCAAACACACAUUCACACACUCCCCACCCAAUAUCAGCCUCGCAUCAGCCCCUCUCUGUUUCCUCCUCUCCCUCUCUCUCUCUGUGUUUCUCUCUCCUCUCUACCUUAGAUACAUCAUCCUCCCCUAUAGGUUGACUUGUUACUACAUUAGAACUGAUCUAAGACCUGUGGAUAAGCUGCAGCUUCUGCCUUCAGGUCUCAGGAAAUCACAUGACAGGAAACAGAGAUGGGUGUUGCGUUAUUGAGUCUGUUGUUGAGAACGAAGACACACACACACGCAUACACACAAAUUCACACUUACAUACAUACACACUGCUAACAGACCUGACUGGACUAGGUCGAAGAGAAGCGGAAUGGAGAGGGUCCAGAGCAGGUAGUUUUUGCAACACUAUGCUAGGAGAGUGGAGAGGCGUGACUAAGCGGACAAGGGUGUGACCCUUCUCUGUGAUUGGUGGACAGAGAUUGAUGGUUGACAGACAGACGGAUAAAGAGAACGAGACAGACAGGAGAGGAGAGACGGAGAGAGAGAGAUGGCUCACAACGUCAACUUUGACCUGACUGCUCAACACAUGGAGGCUGGCCUGGAGAGCCCAGCGGAUGAAGAGGGGGUCCAUGACUCCUUUAACCAGCUGAUAGAGGAUCAGAGACAGGAAGCCUUUGAGCUGCAGGAACUACAGAGAGACCUGGACGAGGAGGAAAGAGACAGUGUAGCGUACCUGUCCAGCCCUGGUCGGGAGAUGUGGCGUGGGAGCCAGGGGAGAGGUGAGGAGGAGGAGGAGGAGGGGAGACAGUUAGACCCCCUUAUAGAGGAACGCUGGUCCUCCGCCACCCUCAAAGUCCUCUCCUCCAUGCCCAGCCGCACCAUCGGUCGUAGUCGAGGUGCUAUUAUCUCUCAGUACUAUAACAAGACCAUGAAGUUGAGAAGACGCAGACAGAGCAGGCCUUCCAUAAAAGACUUUUCCCGCUCCGCACGGCCCAGUAUCCGUGGUUACGGCAUGGAGUCAGACUGCAUGGAGACCGAGGGCGUGGAUGAGGAGGGGCGUAAGCGUGACCAACUGGUCAACAACCUUCAGAACCUCUCUCUGAGUGACCGGGUCAGGAUGCUGCGAGCCAUGCCUCUCUCUGUGGCAGAGAAGAGUGAACUCAGGAGGUUGGCUGGCAGGAAGGGUCAACGCUCCAAUCACAGUCAGAUCCCGUGCUGCAGCCAGCUCAAGUAUCACAUCAUCAUCGCUCUGAGACAGAGCUGGUACAGCUGUCUCUCCUUCCUCCACUCCCUACAGCUGUGGCAGGUGGCGCUGAAGAGGGUGAGCGGUCGUUUCGGCACCGGCGUCCUCUCUUACUUCCUGUUCGUCAAGACCCUCCUCUUCUUCAACAUCUUCCUGUUCCUGGUCACGGGUUUGUUCCUGGCCCUGCCCCAGGCAGUACACCCCCCCACGUUAACCCAGGGACACGAAGCCUUCUCUGGGCUGGAGCUGCUCACUGGAGGGGGUUAUUUCUCAGACUCAGUGAUGUACUAUGGUUACUAUAGUAACUCUACCCUGUAUAAGGACUGUAGAGUCACUAGUAGCAGUAUGGACCAGCAGCCCAGUCCCUCUGUAUCUAGAAGGACAAUGGAAACAGACUGUGGAGUGAAGCUGUCCUAUAACAUGCCCCUGGCAUACUUCUUCACCAUAGGAGUGGCUUUCUUCAUCACCUGCAUCAUCCUCGUCUACAGCAUGUCCAAGUCGUUUGGGCAGAGCUUCCGUAUAGACAAGUCACAUGGUAUCCUGGCGAUGAAGGUCUUCUGUUCCUGGGACUUUAAAGUCAUCAAGAAGACCUCCGUCAAACUCCGCUCUGAAAACAUCUGCACUCAACUCAGGGAGUUGUUAGAGGAGACUAGUCGUAAGCAUGUCCAGAAGACUGUGUGUCAGAGAACAGGACGUGUGUUAGUACAUGUUCUGGCGUGGUUCAUCUGUAUAGGCAGUACAGUGGCCUGUGUUCUAGCUCUCUACUACUUCUCUGAGUACAUGCACAAGGACCUCCAGUACAGAUCUCGUAUUCCCACUAAGGACCCUCUCCUGAAGGAAGCCAGUCUGUUAGCCCUGCCGGUCGUAGUGUCUCUCAUCAACCUCCUGCUCCCUGGUCUCUUCAACGCUACUGCCUGGAUGGAGGAGUACGACUCGCCCAGCGUAAACACAUACGUCGCCAUCAGCAGGAACCUGAUGUUGAAAGUGAGCGUGCUCGUAGUGCUGUGCUUCCAUUGGCUGGGCCGGAUCGCUUCUGACCCCCACAGCAUCGGCCUGCAGUGCUGGGAGAGUUUUGUAGGACAAGAGCUGUACCGUUUCCUUCUCAUGGACUUCAUCUUUACCAUACUGGACACCUGCUUUGGAGAGUUCCUCUGGAGGUUGUUUUCUCAGAGGGUGUUGAAGAGGAAAAGAAAGCCUGUGUUUGACAUCUCCAGGAACGUGUUGGAACUCAUCUACGGACAGACACUGGCCUGGUUGGGGGUGUUGUUCACUCCUCUGCUUCCUGCUGUACAGAUCAUCAAACUGCUGCUUCUCUUCUACAUGAAGCAGACUAGUGUGAUGAUGAACUGCCAGUCCCCUAGGAAGCCCUAUAGAGCCAGUCAGAUGAGCACCAUCUUCAUCACUCUCCUCUGCUGCCCUUCCUUCCUGGGGGCUGCUGUUUGUGUCAGCUACACCAUGUGGAGUAUCCGUCCGUCUGAGUCAUGCGGGCCGUUCCGUAGCCUGUCCACUAUGUUCCAGUCAGGGAAGCUGUGGGUGAAGGAGUUGGAGACACACAACCCUAACCUGGCCUGGUUAGCCUGGGCUCACAGCUACAUAGUGGAGAACCCUCUGUUUCUGUUCCUGGCUGCUGGGAUCUUCCUGAUAGUGAUUUACUUCAACACCCAGGUGGUGGAUGGACAGAGGAAGAUUAUCAGUCUGCUGCAGGAGCAAAUAGAAAACGAGGGGGAGGAUAAGAAGUUCCUGAUCACUCGUCUCCAGGCCAUCCACCAGCAGAAACGACCCCUCUCCCCUCGCAGACUCACCAGUCAGGCCAGUCAGGAUUCCAACAGCUAGCAUUCCAACUACUGAAACAGCAUUCUCUCCUUUCUCCGUGGAGGGAAUAUCUCAGUAAAUCUCUGAAUAUCCUUUGGAAAAUGUUCUGAAUGGACCAACCUGGAUGUAGCUCUCCUCUCCUGCCUCUGGGAAGAGCUGUUAAGGAAUUCUUCAACUGGAGAACUAUUCUCUGAGGAUGUCGUCUUUCCCAGGAAGCUGAGUUGGGACUGGGACGAGAAAGGAAUUUACUUCUUUACAAUAACAAAUCCCACAUACGCCAAAAUAUGAUUCUGAUAGGAUCCACACUCUUUCCCAGGAAUCUGGUCCUUAUAAGGAUUGGGAAUAGGAUUGGGAAUGGGACAAAGCAGGUUUUCCCUCUUCCAACAACAGGCUACACCUCAUAGGGAAAGACCACUGUCUUUAUAGGAUCUUACUAUGGCCAAGCCAUAGGCUACACCUUACUGUAACUAGGCUACACCUUACUGUAACUAGGCUACAUCUUACUGUAACUAGGCUACAUCUUACUGUAACUAGGCUACACCUUACUGUAACUAGGCUACACCUUACUGUAACUAGGCUACAUAGGAAAAUACCACUGAGUUUAUAUGAACUUACUAUGGCCAAGCCAUAAGCUACACCUUACUGUUUAUUCUUCAUAUAAUAUGACAGGACAUGCCACUGUCACAAAACAAUGGUUUAUCGAAGCUCAAUACUUUCAGCCAAGGAUCUUUGUCCUUUUUUAAAAGUUGGAUUGGAACCCCUGGUCAUGAGAGAGGAUGUAGGGGUGAAGAGGUGAGGAAACGAGACUGGGAUACGGUCUGCUUGUAGGGACACAGAACUGAAUGCGUUUUUUACAAACAAUAUUUUUUGUAAAAAAAAUUUUUUUAUUUUUUUCUUUGAAUAGGGAACAUAUCAAAUGCCAAGAAGCUGCCAACAUUGCACAAAGGAUUACAACAGUGGCAUUGUUAAGCAGGGUGAAUUCUGUGAAAUAUAGGAAUUGUAUUUUUUAAUUGUAAAUAGUAUGUUUUUUUUUUAAAUUACUUUAAUGUUUUUAUUGUAUAAACUGGUAUUUUGUCAACAGCCCUUUCAUACCAACUGUGAACAAAUAGGGUAUUUCUUUCCGUUUCUGAUAUAAAAUGUUUUUGAUAUGUUUUUAUGUUAAUUGGUGGUCAGUCUCAUCUCUGCUUCUGAAAUGGCACUCUUCCCUACAUAGUGCACAACUUUAUAGGGCGCUGGUCUUAAGUAGUGCACUAUGUAGAGAAUAGGGUACCUUUUUGGAUGCAUCCUCUGUUUACUGUCUCUGUAGGAGGAAUCCACCUCUUAGUAUCGGGUGAUCUGAUUGGUUCGUUCAAACAGGAAAUGGUCUUAGAAGAUCAACCACUGGAACAGUACGUUAUUUGAAUCUCUUUUUGUUUUUAAGUUGUUUUAUUGUUUGUUUAUUUUAUACGUCAUUAAAUGUUUUACCAUA